AUGGCCUUGUUUGGAGCAGUGGCUGCUACCUCCGUGCAGAGGUAUAUAUGGACACGGAGUCGGAACCAGGAGUGGUGGGAUUGGGAUGUGAGAGGCUUCACUGACACGGAGUUCAUCCACAAUUUCAGGAUGUCAAGACAAACAUUUGAAUAUCUCUGUCAGCUCCUUUCAGCAAGAAUGCUUAGACAGGAUACUCAUCUCCGCCAAUCCAUACCUGUGAGCAAGCGCGUUGGAAUUGGGCUGUAUUGGCUGGCAACAGGCGCAUGUUAUCGGACCAUGUCAAACCUGUUCGGAGUUGCCAAAUCCACAGUUUGUUCCAUCGUCCAUGAAUUUUGCUUUGCAGUCCGCUAUGUCCUCAUGCCUGAGUACAUUAAAUGGCCUCGAGGAGAUGACCUGAUACAAGUUAUUGAAGGCUUCAGACAGCGAUGGGGGUUCCCACAGUGUGCCGGAGCAAUAGAUGGGAGUCACAUUCCCAUCACUGCUCCUGAGGACAAUCAAGGCUGGCACUCUGUCAUCCUUCAGGGCGUCGUCGACCAUCAAUUCUGUUUCACUAACAUCUACACUGGAUGGCCAGGAACCGUUCACGAUGCCAGGGUUCUCAAGAAUUCUGAGAUAUACACAAUGGCAGAGAGAGGGGAGCUAUUUCCACCAGUUACAGAAGAAAUCAUGGGUGUUGAAGUUCCAGUCAUGCUGCUUGGUGACCCUGCAUAUCCCCUGCGAAGCUGGCUGCUGAAGGGAUACGCAGAUACAGGAACCCUAACUGAAGAACAACAAUACUUCAACCAGAGACACAGUAGAGCCAGGAUGACAGUGGAGUGUGCAUUUGGCCGACUUAAGGGUCGGUGGAGGUGCCUUGGGAAACGUCUUGAUGUGGACAUCCACACUGUUCCUACAAUGAUAGCUGCAUGCUGCACACUUCACAAUGUGUGUGAAAAACAUGGUGAAGCCUACAAUGAAACUGAUAACGCUGAUUUGCGUGAUUCUAGAGGUACCGAAGGAGGCAUCUUACCAGAUGUUCAGCCAAUAAGAAUCAGAGAGGUGCUGACCCAAUUUUUUCAUAGUCAACGUUAAGGCACAAAAGCCAUGCUUUCAUCUCAUUGUCAAUAAAUUUGAGCUUGAUGUUUAAGUGAUGCAUUCACAAAAUUUAAAGUAAAGCAUUCAAAGUUAUUUUUUUAUGGAAAAUAUUUAUUUUGACGUGUGUAACAUGUACACUUCUUCCUCUGUGUACUGAAAUUGUCAUGUUGUUUGUCUCAAAACAUAUGUUUGCAUAUGAAAAGCACAAAUUAAAUCUGAAAGACCCACUGUCCUUCAGCAGUACUGAAAAUCUCUAACAACAAAUAUAAAGCAUUUUUGGAUGCAACGAUAAAUAACCAACAUUUUGCAUUGAAAGUAAAGCCCCUCCAAAACAAUAUUAACAUAACAUUAACUGAAAUAUUUUUGGAGUAUCCAUUUAAAAUACAUUAAGUGAACCAUGUGCAAAACUUGCUUUUUAUAACAUUUAAACUAAUGCCUUAAAGUAGUUUAAUCCUGUUCAUCUGGAGGAGGGUAGGAUGACAUAAAGGCCUGGUUAAAGGAUGCAUGCUGAGCCUGGUCUCGAGGGUUUGGUCGUUCUGGUCUAAAGGGCUGACCCAGAUUGUGAGAUGGUGGAAGGGCAUUACCAAAAGGAAGAGGUUGAGCUAAAUCUUGUUGGAAAGACAGAGACUGAUUGGACAUCUCAAAUGGUGGAGACUGAGUUGAAGCCAUGGGGUAUGGAGUGGAAUGGAUGAGUGAAGACUGUGUUGGGCAGUAAAGAUGUGGAGCCUGUACUGCCUGCUGGUAGAAAGGUGG